CGUGCGACUUCUUAGGGCGAAGACACUGAAUCACAAAUGUUGCUUACACGUAAAUAACGCGAACAACACAACAUGAAAGGCGGCACCUUUCGCAACACACAAUGGGAUCCCAUACUGCUGACAUCACAGAUUGUAUCCAUGCAGUGUUGUGUGUACUUUACACUCGGCCUGCUGAUCUUCAUUGCCAACUACCUGGCUGGAGACAAUUACACCCUAGACAACAUAUUCGAAUAUCAUGAAAUACAUAUUUACGAUGUAGGUGGCCGGCUGGUUAUCUGUGCUUUCAUACUCAAUUCCUUCCUUGCCUCAUUGGCCUUGUGGUUCAUUGUGCGGCGCGCCAAGCUGUGUCUGGACUUUAGCUGCACAUUCCAUCUGCUGCAUCUAAUAAUCUGCUGGUGGUACAACCGCUCCUUUCCCGCCAACGUAUCCUGGUGGCUACUAAAUGUCAUCACGGCGACGAUUAUGUGCAUUGGCGGCGAAUUUUUGUGCCUGCAAUCGGAACUGAAAGAAAUUCCCGUCGGCUAUGCGGCGCUCAAUCAAAAGUCGGAUGUUUGAUCAGAGUGUGUGCAACUUGUGAUGUUGAAAAACAAACUAAUACUAUAUCUCUACAAAUGUAAUUUAUUGCCUACAUUAGUUAAUAAUAAAUAAGGUAAACUAACA